AUGUCUGGCAACCCGGGCACCGUCCUGAUUACCGGCGCAAACGGCUAUCUAGGGCUCCACGUCAUUGACCAGGCUUUGAAGCGGGGAUACAAUGUCCGAGGAACAGUUCGGUCCCAGAAAGCUGCAGACAAAGUCCGCGCGACUUUCCCAAACGACUAUGGCUCCAGGUUGAUGACCAUCUCCAUCGAAGACCUCACCAAGCCCGAGCUCUUUCACGACGCCUUCGACCAAACAACAAUAGGCGUCAUUCACGUCGCCAGUCCUGUUCACGGCCAAGUCGAAGACAAUGUACGCGACAUGUUGAAUCCUGCCAUCAAGAGUGCCACGGGAAUCUUGGAAGCCAGCAAGCUGUACGGCGGUGCUGCUUUGAAGCGUGUGGUUCACGUUUCUUCCUUGGCGGCGAUGCUUGACAACUCCAAAGACCCUCGUAUCGGAUACGUCUAUGACGAGUCUGACUGGAACCCAACGACAUUUGCAGAGGCCGCGUCUCUCAAAGAUCGUGCAGCUCUUUACUUGGCAUCAAAGGCGCUUUCGGAAAAGGCAGUUUGGGCAUGGAUGAAGGACAACCAGACCAAUUUCGAUCUCAGCUGCUUGAACCCUGCCCUAGUCCUGGGUCCUCACCUAGAGGAGAUUGACAACUUGGACGAAAUUACGUCAACUUCCAAGCUUCUUUGGCAACUCAUGGACGCUAAGGAAAUCCCGGAACUACAGUGGGCCGGAGUUGUAGACGUGCGUGACACGGCUGCUAUGCUUGUUGCGGCUGUGAAUACACCUGCGGCUGGUGGCCAGAGAUUCCUGCUCGGGUAUCACUUUGACUGGCAGACUGCCGCUGAUGCAGCCAGGGAAGCUUUGCCGGAGGUCAAGAAUCGAGUUCCCGGUGGUAGACCGGGAACCGGUAAAACGAAGGCUCUGGAAAACUUGUAUCAGGUUGACGGGACCAAAAUUGUGGAGGUUCUGGGUGUUGAGUACCGUCCGCUGCAGGCAACUGUAAAAGACACAUUGCAGCAGUUCCUUGAGAUAGAAAGCCGCCAGUAG